CGAAUUCGGAAAGUGAGAGCGAAUGCAACUGCUGCAUCGCAAAACAGUCAAAAACGUGAGCUGGAAUUACUUCGUCGAAUCGCUAUACUUCUUGGUAUCUAUUUAACAAGUGGAAUUCCAUCGAUAUUGUUCAUGGUAACAUCUAUUCGACUGAUUUACAUGAUAAAUCUAGUUAGUCCAUCGGUGGUUGUAUGUGUGGAGAAAAUAUGUACGAUUCUGCUGGAUCGGGAGAUGUGUCAAAUGAUUAGAGCAAAGGUCUUUCGAUUAACACCUGUAACACCGUUUGCAACUGGGCUUGUACUUCUAACCAAUGUACCGACACAGAGAACCGUGAGACAUAAUGUUUAA